GGUUAAGCUGUGCUGGGCACUCCAGAGGGAGCCUGCGCUAGGGACGGUUGGUGGGUGGGCGCCAUGGCCUUCGAGGAGCUGUUGGACCAGGUGGGCGGCUUCGGGCCAUUCCAACUGCGGAACGUAGCACUGCUGGCCCUGCCCCGGGUGCUGCUGCCCCUGCAUUUUCUCCUGCCCAUCUUCCUGGCUGCCGUGCCUGCCCACCACUGUGCCCUGCCCAGCGCCCCUGCCAACAUUAGCCAUCAGGACGCCCCUGGCAACAUUAGCCACCAGGACAUGUGGCUAGAGGCCCACUUGCCCCGGGAACCUGAUGGCACGCUCAGCUCCUGUCUCCGCUUCGUCCACGCCCGCCCCCUCCCCAACACCACGUUGGGGGAGGAGGGACACAGCCAUGGGGAGCCCGAAGGCGAGCCCCCCACAGUGCCCUGCCCCCAGGGCUGGGAGUAUGACCGCUCGGAGUUCUCCUCCACCAUUGCAACUGAGUGGGACCUGGUGUGUGAGCAGAAAGGCCUGAACAGAGCCACGUCCACCUUCUUCUUCGCUGGUGUGCUGGUGGGUGCUGUGGCCUUUGGAUACCUGUCUGACAGGUUUGGGCGGCGCCGCCUAUUGCUGGUGGCAUAUGUGAGUACCCUGGUGAUGGGCCUGGUGUCUGCAGCCUCGGUCAGCUAUGUCAUGUUUGCUGUCACCCGUACCCUCACUGGUAUAGCCCUGGCUGGCUUCACUAUCAUUGUGAUGCCUCUGGAGCUGGAGUGGCUGGACGUGGGGCACCGCACCGUGGCAGGUGUCCUGAGCAGCACCUUCUGGACAGUGGGCGUGAUACUGCUGGCACUGGUCGGGUACCUGAUACGUGACUGGCGAUGGCUUCUGCUGGCUGUCACCCUGCCCUGUGCCCCAGGCAUCCUCAGUCUCUGGUGGGUGCCUGAGUCUGCCCGCUGGCUUCUGACCCAGGGCCGUGUGGAGGAGGCCCAUGUGUACCUGCUCCGCUGUGCCAGGAUCAAUGGGCAGCCUGUGGGUGACAAUGGUCUGAGCCAGGAGAGGAGAGGAGAUCCAGAGAGAGCAAUGUGCCCUGCUGAGGACACAAAGCCAAGUCUGAUGUCACAACCUCACCUCCUCUACCAGGCCUUGAACAAAGUGGCUAUUGGGGAGCGUGUGGCCCACAAACCCUCGUACCUAGACCUGUUCCGCACACCCAGGCUGCGACACAUCUCACUGUGCUGCAUGGUGGUGUGGUUUGGAGUGAAUUUCUCUUAUUACGGCCUGAGCCUGAACGUGUCGGGGCUGGGGCUGAACGUGUACCAGACGCAGCUGCUGUUCGGGGCCGUAGAGCUGCCCUCCAAGCUACUGGUCUACCUGUCAGUGCGCCACGCCGGACGCCGCCUCACGCAGGCCGGGUCGCUGCUGGGCACGGCCGUCACUGUGGGCAUCAGACUGCUGGUGUCCUCGGAGAUGGGGUCCUGGAGCACCGCUCUGGCAGUGAUGGGGAAAGGUUUCUCGGAAGCCGCCUUCACCACUGCCUACUUGUUCACGUCGGAGUUGUACCCCACCGUGCUCAGACAGACAGGGAUGGGGCUGACUGCACUGGUGGGCCGGCUGGGGGGUUCCCUGGCUCCACUGGCAGCCUUGCUGGAUGGAGUAUGGCUGCCACUGCCUAAGCUCACUUAUGGGGGGAUUGCCCUGCUGGCUGCCUGCACUGCACUCCUGCUGCCAGAGACUAGGCAGAUUCAGCUACCAGAGACCAUCCAGGACGUGGAGAGGAGGAGCUCCUUCCUCCCCAGUGCUGUGUCCAACCUGCAGGAGGAGGAGAUGCCCAUGAAGCAGGUCCAGAACUGAGGAUUGGGGCCAGCUCUCCACAGAAGCUCUGCAGCAGGAGCUGGGAGAGCAAAAGGGAAGGCCCUGUGGCUGGGGACAUUGCAUUGCCGCUGGAGCCCCUCCCUGUGCUCACCCAGCCUUGACUGUUCUAUCUCUAGCAACAGGGUGAAUACUCAGGAUGCAGUGGACCACUGUAGAAUUCUGGCCCCCCUUCCCCUGGCUGGGGAAUCUUCUGCGAAUAAAGGUGCUUCUAAGGUUGGGGCAAAAGUGAGGAGCUGUGGGAAGAGCCCUGGAUGGGAAGCCACUGGGUUUGCCCUGGGUUCUGAUCCCAGCCUCCCCACUGAUUUGCUGUGUGACCUGGGCAUGUUCCUUUCCUUCUAUGAGCCUCAGUCUGUUUGUUUCUUAGAUGGAAUAAUGAAGCCUCUUAGCAGACUUCACCACAGAAUCUGUUGUUAUACUCAAAUGACAUGUUGAAGAAAGUACUUUUUCUAGAGAUGGUGCUAAGGGACAGAAGGGACAGUCCUAUGAUGACUUCUGGUACCAGUGGAGCUGGUGGACAUGCUGUCCACUGUGUGGUGCUGGAAGCUACCCAGUGCCAGGCCAGGCGUCUAGGGGAACAGAGCUCUUUGUCCCCAGGCACCCUGCAGGGCAAUGUACCCCCCACCUCCAUACUCCCCACUUUCCAAUCCUGUGUCUAGGCCUCCAGCCCACAGAAGAGGUGAAGGCAUGGGAGCCAGGAUUUUACUGGAGAAAUCAA